GGCGCCCAGCAGCUUUGCAAUUGUCCUCCACGCGGCUCGGACCCCAUGUGGAAGGAUUAAUUCCUCAAAGGGGCAGCGAAGUAUCUUUGGGCUAAAGGACUUGGCGUCCAGUGCUCCAGCUGAUCUAAAGAGAAAGCCACCUCACUGCCACCAUGCCUAACUUUUCUGGCAACUGGAAGAUCAUCCGAUCGGAAAACUUUGAGGAAUUGCUCAAAGCUCUGGGGGUGAAUAUGAUGCUGAGGAAGAUCGCUGUGGCUGCAGCCUCCAAGCCAACAGUAGAGAUCAAGCAGGAGGGUGAGUCUUUCUACAUCAAAACCUCCACCACUGUGCGGACCACGGAGAUUAACUUCAAGAUUGGCGAGGAGUUUGAGGAGCAGACUGUGGACGGGAGGCCCUGUAAGAGUCUGGUAAAAUGGGAGAGUGAAAACAAAAUGGUGUGUGAGCAGAGGCUUCUGAAGGGAGAGGGCCCCAAAACCUCCUGGACCAGAGAGCUGACCAAUGAUGGAGACCUGAUUCUGACCAUGACAGCAGACGACGUUGUGUGCACCAGGGUCUACGUCCGAGAGUGAGUGCUGCAAGAGCUGCCAGAGACUUCUCUCCUGCGCCCCUGCCCUGCCCCCAGCCACUGAGCUCCCUCCUUGUCUGUCUCACAAGCUAGCUCUCCCCUUAGUCCUCAGACUCACUGUCUUUUGUUCCUUGCCUCCUCUGUGCCAGAGAGGGACAGUCUAGAAAAGCCUAGAACCCCGUGCACCAUCAUGGAUCCUCUCCAGGUCAGCAGCGUCAGCUCCACACCAGGGUCCUUCUUCCUGGAGGAGACUCUCUCUGGCCUCUACCCUUGUAGUCUGUAUGAUUAGAAUAUUUAUUUGUUAAUUUUAUUAAAAUGUCUUAAAAAGUAAAA